AAGAGCAGGGGGGAGAAACCAGGACUGGUGACUCAGAAGAUGAGUGAUUCAAAAGAGGAGGAGGAGGAACCUCUCUUCAGUAAUGCACCUGGACCCUCAGACACAGAGUUCAGCUGCCUGAAGGAAAGCUGGAUCACCAGACUGACAUCUUGGUUUUCCAAACGCUUGGCCCAUUCCAGAGGGAACUUCUGCACUGAGAAGGUUUUUCCAACGCCAGCAACGCUGUUUGCCAGACUAACUAACUGUGGACUCUCAGAGACUGAACGUGAAGUUGUGGCCUCAGCUCUGAGGUCCAACACCUCCCAUCUGAGAGAUCUGGACCUGAGUGGCAACAAGCUGCAGGAUUCAGUUGUGAAGCUGCUGUGUUCUGGACUAAAGAGUCCAAACUUCAGACUGGAGGCUCUCAGACUGAGUGGCUGCUGGUUGUCAGAGAUCAGCUGUACUUCUCUGGCCUCAGCUCUGAGGUCCAACCCCUCCCAUCUGAGAGAGCUGAAGCUGAGUUUCAACCCUCUGCAGGAUUCAGGAGUUAAGCUGAGGAGUGAUUUUCUGGAGAGUCCAGACUACAGACUGAAGACUCUCAGACUGAGGCGUUGCAGUUUGUCAGAGACGAGUUGUGUUUCUCUGGCCUCAGCUCUGAAGUCCAACCCCUCCCAUCUGAGAGGGCUGGAGCUGAGUGCCAACAAUGUGCAGGAUUCAGGGGUGAAGCUGCUGAGGGAUGUUCUGGAGAAUCCACACUGCAGACUGCAGACUCUCAGGGUCUAUGGCGAUAAGAUCAUAGCCAAGAUACAGAACAAAUUUCUCCUCUCCGUUGACUCCGAUGUUGAACAGGUUGUGAAAACAGACAAAAAGGUUCCAGUUUCCUUCUCACCUGAUCAAACAGCGGAUUCUUCAUACAGGUUCAGGUGUCCUGGCCCAGGUGUGUUCCAGUGUGCUUUGACUGGCCUGAUGUUUGUUAUGGCUCAGGAGGCGGAGCUGCUGUACAGGACGGUCCCUUGGGAGGAGAGCCACCUCCAAUCAGCUGGCAAGAAGGCAGCUGGGCCGCUGUUUGACCUGAAAAGUUCUGAUGAUGCUGCCGUCUGUCAGCUCCACCUGCCACACAGUGAAACAGAGGAUGCGCUGCUCCUUGAUGGCCUGUUGUCUGUCGUCCACAUCACUGAUGAAGGCAUGAGCAUCCUGGAGCCGCUGGAGGUUACAGAGACUCACGUGGUGGUGAAGGUGCCUCACCUCUCUCUCUUUGGCCUGGUCUCGGAUAUCGUUAAGAGGCUUCUGCGUCUGCGAAAGAAGUGCCAAAUUCUGCUGUUCCUACGACCCUUGGUCAGAGAGGAGCAAAUACUGGAUGUAUUUCUGCUGCAUAAAAACAUCCCUGUGAAAGAGGUUGCUAAACAACAAAGACGUGCUGAGAACAUCACAAUCUCCUCCGACUGUAAGCUGGACAUUUUUCACACUUACAGUGUGCACUGUGAACCUGAGGGCUUCUUUAUACAGCCUGAGCGACAAGAAUUUGAAUCAUGGUUUGGACCAAAUUACCAUCCAACGUUUGAAGUGUUCCUGACGACGCGCACAAAGACUGUGAUUUUGAAGGUCCAGGACCAAGAUGGAAAUGUAGUCUGGGAACGAAGUGUGCGACUGGAAGGUCCAAGUCAGGAAAUGUCCCAGAGAAAUGUCCGUGCAGAGGACAGAAUCCCAGCAGACCAGUGGCUGUCCUCAGUCAGGACACAGUUUAUUAGGGGAGUGACUCCACCUGUCCUGAACGACCUUCUGGAUAAACUCUUUGAGUCUGAAGUGAUCAGUGAAUCUGAAAUGACCUCAGCCAGAACAAAACCCCAAAUACAAGAAAAAGCCCGAGAGGUGGUGGACGCGGUGCGAAAAAAAGGAGUUGCAGCCUGCAGGGUUCUGAUCACUGCUCUCCGUGAGCUGGACCCAUAUCUUUACAGAGAACUUAACUCGAGCUGAAGCUAAAGCAAAACCUUGUGGCGUGUGUUGAAGUCUAGUCCUGUUUUUUUGUUACCUGUAAAUAUUUCCCUUUGUCCCUGAAGGUGACAGAUUCAGAGCACCUGGUUUAUGUGUUCCCUGUGAAUAAAAGCCCCUUUUCCUCUCUA